AUGGCCGAGACUCCAUCUCAGUCGCCGCCGCCGCCGUCUCGUUCCGUCUCCGAAACGGAAACCGUGACGGAGGAGGCGCCGCAGGAGUACUGGUGCUACCACUGCGACAAGCGCGUCUCCGUCGAGACCGUCGCUAAUCUCCCGGACAUCGUUUGCCACGACUGCAAGAACGGCUUCGUCGAAUCCAUUCCCCGCACGGAUCCUCCUCCUCCUUCGCAGCCGUCCGAUCAGGCCAACGAUCCUUACGGAUCUCCGUUCCUCCAGGUGCUCCGGCUGAUCGCGCAGGCGGCGCGUGACGAGGACGCGCCGCCGCCGCCGCCUCAGAACCCCCCUACCUCGGAGGAGGAUUUCCUCAGGAUUGAGCUUGACGGCUGGGACAACGACGAGGACGAGGACGAGGACGCGCACAGCGUCGAGUUUCACAACGGAGGCGGCGUGGAAAACGAGGAGGCGGAAGUGGAGGAGGAAGAUGAGGAGGACAGAUCGGAUCGCGAGGAGGACGAGAAUGAAGAGCGUGACGAAGAGGACCUGAGACGACGUCGUCGCGAUGUGCUCCGCCUCCGCAUCAGAGACUUCGCGACGCGGGCCCGGAGCGGGAGGAACCAGAUUCUGGACUGGGCCGAGAUCUUGAUGGGCCUGGAGGACAACUCCAUCGAGUUACGGUUCGAGAUGCCGGAAUCGGAUCGUUACGUAGGCAAUCCUGAGGAUUACGUCGACGCAGCUGGCUAUGAAGCUUUGCUUCAGACCCUGGCGGAGAGCGAUGGCAGUGGAAGGAGAGGAGCUCCACCGGCUUCCAAAGCCGCCGUAUCGCAAUUACAAGCUGUGGAUGAGGCUGGGGUGUGUGCCAUAUGCAAGGAUAUGGUCAAUGUUGAUGAAAUGUCAAAGAAGCUGCCGUGUGGGCAUGGAUAUCAUGGUGACUGCAUUGUGCCGUGGCUGAGCUCUAGGAAUUCGUGCCCUGUUUGCCGGUUUGAGCUGCCCACCGAUGAUCCUGAAUACGAGGAGGAGAGGAAGAAGCAUGCUGUCAAUGUGAGUGCCGGAGCUUCGGGCUCUGGUGGAGCUAAUUCAGUCUCUGGCUGAAACGAAUUGGAACCGGUGGUUUCUUCAAUUUAUCAAUGUGAAACUGCGAAUAUCUUUGCUGAGUGAUACUACAACCUGAUAGUUCUGGUUGUUAUUUUGUUUCUGCUAUCUGGUUAUCUACAUCAGGUUGUUAUUUUGUUUCUGCUAUCUGGUUAUCUACUUAUGUAGUUAUGUAUACCUCUUUUAUCUAUGUAUACCAUGUCUUCUGAAUUUCAAUGGGAGUGAAAACUCCUACAACACUUCUCAUGAUCAAUCACAUCAUCUUUUAGAGGUGCAUUUUCAAGC